CAAUUGCAUCUCAGCGCUGAGCUCUUUAUGCGAGCCGUGUAUGGACGACAGGGCCCCACAAACUAAUUUUGGGGGACUCCACUUUGUUAUUCCCACCCGAAGGUGCCCUCUUUUUGGGAGGCUAUAAAGUUCUCAUGCCUGGAACACAGUGCCCAACACGCAGCCGUCCUCUAUCUGCUGAUAUACGAUGAGUUCACUCUGGAAAGGCGUGCGCGCUAGAAACAUCAACGUUGGCCAGUGGGGCUCUUGUCGCACAGCACUCUCGUCUGACAACGGGCGCAUCCGCGCGUUCCACUCCUCCCCACGUGCCCUUACUCCGUCUGAGUCCUAUGCAGUCGACGAUCACACCGUUCCAGACUUCUACAUUAGGCACAAACUGGGUCGCAAGGGAAACUCUAAUCUGCCGUCGUCCUCUUCAGCAAGUUCAGUAUCCCAGACUUCGUCGUCUUCCCAACUUCGAACGGACACGACUGCGGAUCCAGCAUCCGUUACCCAGCACGACGACCCAUCAAGCCUAACCACGCGUUCAAUCAAAGCCCGCGAACAUGAGGAAGCUGCACUCAUGAAACAACUUUUUGACUCGGUGCUUUCCGAUCAGAUUCUGGCAAGCACUCGUCGGCUCAAGGCCAAGAUCCCGGUCGAGCAUUACGACCGCACGCAUGACCUUAUACGUCACCCAAGUGGAUUUGUUGUUCCAGGCAACGGACAUGCCAGUGCCAGCGACGCUGCGCGCGCCAAGGAGCACGCUCGGGACGAGGUAGAGGACCGCGCUGUGCAAACGACCAACGUCGCAGAGCGUGUGAGGGAGUCUGACUUGGACUCUGUGCAUGCUGCGUGUGCGAGCACCCGUCCGCGGAUGAGCAAAGUACCUUGCGAGGUUCGCGAACCAGAUGGCACGUUCAAGCAUCCCAGUGGAUUUGUCCCCCCCACUUCCGUUCAAGAGUUUGAACGCGUUGGCACUGCGCCUCUGGGAAAUGGUACCUACGAAGUGGUAGUCAGACAACGUAUCCUUCAUGAUUCAGGUCGCUAGAUUCAGUUAAAGUUACAUUUUAUGUCAAUACAUUAGUUUAUCAAAUUACAGCGUCACUUGUAGUCGUACAUACUUCGUCCUGCAGUCCAACAUAAAGGGGGAGAAACACUUCAAUGUACAUUACUGUAAACGCUCUUGAAUUCACU